GCCUGAAAGUGCCUCCCUUCCUCCUUCAUGUCAACAUCCAAAGACAGCACAGCAUGCCGCAUCCUCAAGCACGCCCUCUUGAAGGCUUUCAUCAUCGCUUCACCCUUGACUGGCGGAUACACCAAAGAAGCCGGCCACAGCAACCACAGCAAGCUCAAGGGCCGCCGUUGAACACAACACCGACAGCAACAACUGCUCGCUGUGACGCUACGCCUAUCAGGACUCGCACUGACGACUGUCGCGCGGAUAAGAACAAUGGAGGUGCACUCAGACACGUCGAACAACUACCAAUCACAAGAAACAGCAGGACACCACAGCUCAAUUGGCAGAGGCACCACCACCAAACAACAAGAACAACAAGAACAACAGAGACGACGUCUCCAGGCGAACAGCUACGAAAACUCGUUCUUCGCAUCCUCAACGGCACCGCACCUGGCAUCAUACAGCUCACUUGCUCGCGAACAACGACCGUCGACACACUGAGGCAGGAUAUUGGCAACGCGUUCAGGCACGUGGAUUGGCUGCACGGUUUCUCCUGUGAUGUGGAGCAGAACCUACGUCUUGGAAGCCGUCAUGUUUUCCUGGAUGUUUCGAGCCGAGCCCUCGCUGAGGACGACGUGUACACGGUCGACCUCCACGUUCGGCCGCUUCCGCUCGGUCAAGUUGGCUUGGAGAACCCGCCCCUGUUUCGGAGCGGCUCCCACGGCGGGCACAGAGAUCGGCAGGCCCUGCAGCGCUUGGCCAACUUGGAGUGGGCAGACGUCGACCCAGCACACCCAGAGCACAAGGAAAUGAAGGCUGUGGCAGAUGCACCUCACUGGGAUGAGCAGGCGCUUGAUGCAGGGGCGCGAGUCUCGUCGCAAGGACACGAGGGUGGCGUCUUUGGCCCGAUCGCAGCAACGGUACCUUCACACGAGCUGAACAACCUCGACUUCAAGUCCUGCUGCGGCAGCAGCUCCAGUGGAUGGACGCUGUACGCCGACACCAGCACCAUUGCGAAAUUGAUGAAGGACACACUGCCUGCCUUGCUCAACUCCAUCAACACAAAUGGUUGUGCAGACGCCACGGCUCACCUUAUUUGCGGUGUGGUCGACAAUGACGACGACUGUCACGUGAGCGGGAUUGUGCCUGAGGAGCCACUUGAAUGUGAUGCGUACUUCAAGGAUGUGAUUGACCAAAUCAACACGCGAAUUCAUCAGCAGCUCUUUCCUCCCCUGCCAACAGGCUCUGCAACACUGCACGUGCAUCGUGUGGUCGAUUGCUACACCGCGCUGGAGGACGGUGGCCUGGACAAGAACGACGGCGAGUACAAGUUGGUGCUCUUUGGGCGUCGUGAACUCGACACGGCGGCAUUCUUGCGUGGCAAGCUUCAGGGCAAAGGGGCAUUGUUCAUCAGUGGGAACGGAGAGAACCCUCAACACGCAGUUGUGUUCCACGCACAAGCGCAAACGCCCUCGCUGACAUCCUCAGCAUCAUCAGCAUCGACAACAGCGUCACCGACGUCCUCGGCGACACCAGCUUCAUCAGCGCCAUCAUCAAGACAAGAGGUUGGAACGAGCGCCAUGUCAUUUUCGGCGCAACAGCUGCUGCAGUACCUGGAGGACCACGAUUGGAAGCACGUGCCUCGGUUUGUGCUGCAGCUCGUUUUCAAGCCACCUCCUCAUCUGAUCGGCACAUUCAUCGACACCCACGCCUUUGCGCCCGUGUAUGUGGACAACGGUGAAGAGGCCAGCCUGUCUCGCAUUGGGAUGUGGGCCAGGCUCCACCCUCAGCCAAGCGUGUCCACCCAGUCGCUGAUGGCAGGUAGCUGGUACGUCAAGCUAUGCGUGGGCGCGGUCGCAGAGAGGUGGCUGAUUGCCAAGGGGGUCAGUUUCCAAGCAGGCGUCUCUUCUCCGGCCGCACAUGCCCACGAGCUCUCACGUGUGUUGCAGAGAGGCCAGCAGCCCUUCUUGUUGUUUAUCGCGACAACUGAUGUGGAAGCUGGUGCGCUUGACUCCAUUGGGCUGUCUCAAUCCGCAGCCCCCGUCCUGAUUGUGUUGCUGGCAGAGCGGCUACUUACCCCGACCGAAACUUUUGCGACCCUGAAAGCCCUCCAGCCUGCAUGCGCUUGCGCGAACGUGCACGUGAUUGAUCUGAUCUCCAUUUGCAGUCCCAGAGACAAGAACGAUGUCAGCGGCAUCAGCGCUGUGCCGCUAGCCACAGUCGCCAGCGAUGACAACGAGGAAGCCGUGCACUUUACGUGGCUGCAUCAUGUCACCCCGGUCAAGCAGGCGACAUCUUCUGCAACCAACGAGGUUGCGGAUGUGUCUCAAGAAGCGCAGCAGCAGCAGCAGCAAGAGCAACAUGAGCAAGAACAGCAACAUGUGCAGCAACUUGUGCAGACACAACAGCAAGAGCCACAACAGCGACAGCAACAGCAGCACGUGGACGGCGCCCACAUCCCCGCCCUGGCUAUGACUGCAGAAGACCGGCAAACUGCGUUCGUGGACUGGCUUGAGGGGAAGACGCCAAUGCAGUGGGAGAUUGCAUAUGACAUCCCAGAAACCACGGGCAUCCGCGAGCUUGAAGCAGAGGUGUUGGCAUCACUUUCACCAGGCCAGCUUGGGUGUGUGGUGGCUGAUAAGGCUGAGGCUGGUGCCGGCGCAAGUACUGCUUUGAGGCGUGUUGCUGUCGUGCAGGCGGACCGAAAUGCAUUGGUGUUCUGGGGCGGCGACGGCAGCAACGUACCCAAGCAGAAGCAACGUGCCCGUGCUGUGUGGUAUUACAUGGUUCGCCAGUACCGAGAGCCUCGCCCUGACGGCGCAUCAUGGAAGCACCUGUUGCUGGUGAUUGACGCGCACCCGCGCUCGGCAUUCACGCUGCUGCAGGCGGGGCGGGACGUUCUCGACAUGCACAGCAAUCGUGACAUACGUGCCUGCGUUGUGUUGGCGUCUGGCUGUCCAGCCUUUUCGUCCAAGCACUUCAAGCCUCCGGUUGGAGCACGCUUCGUGCCCAUCCAUGCAUUUCUUCGUACAGAGGCGGACAUUGACAAUGUUCACCGCGCCCUGGUCAAGUUCUUGCCUGACCGACAGCCCCAGCUCGACGAUGUGCGCUCCGAGGCCCACAGGAGUCUUGCAUUCAGCGACGCACACCCCACCACACACGACAGCUACAUGUGCAACCAUAUGUUUGUCUUCGCUCUAGCUGCCCUGCGUGGGGAGUUCAUGCCGCCACGCAGGCUGGUGCGAACGGUCCUGGACAGCACUACCCCUGCAGAGAAGCGUGUUCUGAUGGCUCUGGCGUUUAUUCGCGCUUUCUGCCUUGCGGACACGCCGGUUCCCCUGUGCUAUGUGAGCGGUGACGGGGCCUUGUCCGCGCGCUUGCAACGGCUUGUGUGCUUCGCCUCCCAAGACAACGACCAAGUUCGGUUUUGCCACCCCUUCUACGCGCGGAUCUUUGUGGAGGAGGCGGCCUCGUGCCAAGCGUCACCCGGGGGCACCGCUGUCAUGUUGAGGCUGGGCGCCGAGAGCUUAACAAGGAGCGACCGAGCGCAGCUGUUGGGCAUGUGGGCGGAAACAGUCCGGUUUCUACAGAAGCCACGCGAAGGCGUUGACGCUGGAACGCGACUCCUGCAACGUGUGGCGAAUGAGGUCCUGCUUCAACGGCAUGGUGACGAGUUUGCCCCGCUUGUGAAGCGCGUGCUGUUCCCUGCACAGCGCUGCGAGCGCUCUGGCGACCUUGAGGCUGAGCUUGACAGGCUGUUCAAACCUGUGCGACAGAACCAGCCCCGUGCAUGGUUCGCAGAGUACGACAAUCAUCUCUUCGGACACGAGUGCGUUGUCAGGGCGCGGGUGUUCCGAGAGUAUGCACUGGCGGACGUUGACUGUCGACCAAAGGUGCACGACUGCAUUGCUGAGGUCGCUGUGAAGUGGGCUGAGGAGGCAUGCCAAGUGUUUCAUUUUGACGGGAACAAGCGCCGUGAUCUCAGAGCAAGCCAGGAUCGUGUGGCUCGACACUUGCUUGCCACUUGCCAUGCAGCAUGGUGGCGUCGCUCGCAUGCCACGUGCCGCACGAACCAGUGUUCCGAGCCUGGCACUGGCAAAGAGGGGCGCGGCGGCGAUUUUCCUCAUGGCUGCAAUGAUGACGAUGAUGACAACGACGAUGGGGGUGAUGAGGAGGGGGAUCAAGCGUGGCAACCUCCGCCUCGGUAUGGCCCAAACACAGCACUUUCGCGUGGUACCACCCUUGCGGGGAGUGCUGGCGGUCGAGCCGGUGUGCCUCGAUCUCGUUCCUUGGGGCACCUUGCCAGACCCGAUCCCCAACUCAGCGUUCGUCGCCAGCCUUCUCCUAGUCCUGCGCCGUGGUUUCCCCAUUCCACAGCAACAGUGGCGUCAUCAACACGCCGCAACGCAACUCGUGCCAGCGCGUUUACACCAACUUCUGCUGCCCGCGGCGCUCGGCCAAGUCCAUCAGGUUCAGGUUCAUAUCAUCAACGGAACAGCGACGACAGCCGGCGCUAUGUUGACCAAAGAUACCAGCGCCCUCGCCCAUCGGCCUCAGCCACAGCACUGCAAGACCCGUGCUAGAGGCGGUGAGGCUGGGCUGGUGGGUGGCUUCUUCUUGAUUUUUCACUUGUGUGUGUGUGUGUGUGCGUGUG